CUAGUAGAACCCCGGCGCUUCAUCAUGCCACAACUUUCACCGCCGUUAGGACACUUGGUGCACGUUGUCAUGGUGACGGUAUCGCUGCUCCUGUUUGCCCUGCUAAUCGCCGGACCGAACGGAGCGGCGAGUGGCCAUCGGUUCGGCUACUCGAAGCCCGACCAGCGGCGCUGGUCGAAGGCGCAUCAGAGCUGUGCGGGCAAGCACCAGUCACCGAUCGCGAUCAGCAGCAACCGGGCGUUACCGCUCUACAUGCCGGCCAUCGAGCUGGUCGGCUACAAUAACCUUCUGCCGGGGCCGAUCACCGUACACAACAAUGGUCAUUCCGUGUCCCUCGCGAUUCCGAAAACGGAUCCCGCCAAGGGUAAGCAUCCCUACAUCUUCGGGGGUAAGCUGCAGAACGAGUACGAGCUCGAAGGACUGCACUUCCACUGGGGCGACAAGAACAACCGCGGCUCGGAGCACGUGCUCAACGACGUCAGGUACCCGCUCGAGAUGCACAUCAUCCACCGGAACCGGAAGUACAAGUCGGUGGCCGAGGCGCUCGGCUACUCGGACGGUCUUACGGUGCUGGGCUUUUUCUAUCAGGUCACCGAGCAGGACAGCCCGGAGAUUAACGGGCUCGUGCGCUCGUUCGGGCUGAUCACCGACUACGACAAGGCCAUCCAGCUGAACCACACGUUCACGCUCCAGUCGCUCAUCGACGGCCUGGACACGACGCGGUUCUACACCUACAAGGGCUCCCUGACGACCCCGCCCUGCUCGGAGGCCGUCACGUGGGUCGUCUUCCCCGAUCUGCUCGAGCUGUCCGUGCACCAGAUGAAGCGCUUCCGUACGCUGGACACGGGGAUUCACGGGUCACCGAUGGUAGACAACUAUCGGUCGUUGCAACCGAUCGGCAACCGGCGGGUGUUUGUGCGCAAGGUCAACGCCCGCUACACGGCGCUCGAGGCGCUCGACGAGGGCCACACCCACAGCAAGUGGGACUGGGUGUACUGAGGACCCUACAGGACCUUCCGUCGUUCGCAGCACCAACUCCCGACGGAACGGGAAACGAAAAGAACGAACAAAACAAAAUGUGGCAUAGGUUGUGCCAUUUUUCUUAGAUUUAAUCAGUGCAUGUGCUUCAUUCGUUUAAGACUAUAGAGUAACGCCGUUUGACCGUAGUGCGAAACACUGUUGUAAACCGUAAAUAUAACGUAACCGACCGGGGUU